UUCCUUUUCUAGUAUGCUUCUGUGAGUGUCCAGUCUUCUCUUGAAAGAGUCAAUUGAAGGUGCGGACACCACUGCUUCAGGCAGCAGGUUCCAAGUAUUGAUGACUCGGUGUGAAAACCUGUAUGCCACGGGUAUUUUGUUCGUUCUUGGCUUUUCUACUCGCCUGCUAUGUCCUCUGAGGUGUCCAGAUCUAGUGGGAAGAAAGAGAGAGAAUAAGUUAAGUCCGAAAUCAUUUCUCAGUAUUCUGUACAUCAAUAUUAGAUCUCCCCUUAGUCUGCGAUAGGACAGAGUAAAGAGGUUCAGUUUUUCAAGCCGCUCUUUAUAUGAUAAACCCCGGAGUUCCGGAAUUGCACGCGUAGCUGCCCUCUGUACUUUUUCUAGUAUGUCUGAGUCACCUUUUAAACAGGGGCUUGCAGCCUGAACACAGUUCUCUAACUUAGUUCUCACUAAGGAUGUGUAUAAUGUGGUGAACAUGGUAGUAUCAAACUUAGUGAAUGUCCUUUUUAAAGCCCAGAGGGUUCGAAACCCCUUAACUGCGACCUCCUGGCAAUGGGCCAUCGUCUUAAGAUCAUUGCUCACUGUCACCCCUAGGUCCUUAUGAGACCGGACUACGGGUAAUGACACAUCUCCUAUGUUGUACGUAUUAACCUUUGAAUCCCCCAAGUGCAUGUAGACACACUUUUCCGAGUUGAUAGGCAUUAGCCACUCUUUAGACCAGUUUAUCAUAUUAUUUAAGUCUUCCUGAAGAGUAAAUGCGUCUUUGUCUCCAGUUAUUACUCGCCAAAUUUUUACAUCGUCCGCGUAUAAUAACAUUGGAGACUGUACUAUACUUGUAAGAUCAUUAACGUACAUUAUAAAAAGUAAAGGACCUAAGACGGAACCUUGGGGUACUCCACUAAGUACUGGUCUCCAGAUGGAGCACUUGGAAUUUAUUCUUACUUUUUGCCUACGACCUACUAGGAAAUCCUUAAUCCAUUUUAAAAGAGGUCCGGCAAUACCAAGGUUUGCCAACUUCAAUAGCAGUCUAUUGGUUGGCGCCUUGUCAAAAGCCUUACUGAAAUCUAUGUAGACAACAUCCACUGAGUUUCCGUUGUCUAGCGCAUUAAUCCAGAACUCCCUUGCUAUAAGGAAGUUCGUUGUGCAGGAUAGACCCUUUCUAAAACCAUGUUGUGCCAUGUUCAGCAAGUUAUUGGUUUCCAUAAAUGCCGUUAUGGUCCGUUUGAUUAUUCUUUCCAGUAUUUUAAUUACCACACUGGUGAGGCUUACGGGUCUGUAACUCGAUGGAACUUGUCGUGGACCUGUUUUAUGUAUGGGAGUGACGAUUGCGUCCUUCCAGUCCAUAGGUAACACACCUUGGUCAAGUGACAUUUUGAAUAUCACAGUCAGUGGGGCUGCGAUAUAUUGGGCAAUAUGUCUCAAGAUUUUAGGGUGUAGUUCAUCUGGUCCUGUUGACUUCUCCAUGUUUAGGGUGCUAAGUGCCUUAAGCACAUCGUUUUGGUCGAAGUCCACGGUGAGCAGCUGGUUUGUUGACUCUGUAAUUGGGUCUGGUUCUUUCUCUAGAGGAGGUUCCUGAGUAAAAACUGCCUCAAAAUAGUCAGCCAUAACCGCAGCUUUUUCCUGAUCUUCCUUUAUCGAUCGGUUUACAGCGGAUUUUAGAGUAGAGGUGAUUAUUGAGAGGCUACAACAGAUGUGACUAUUAAGAAGUUCUUGUACGUGCGACUGCGGUUUCGAAUGACUGCAGCAAAGUGUGCCGGCCACCGUGGUGAGAUUAUGUUUCGUUGUUCUUCAUGUUGGAGGAAAACGUCUGCUCGAACAAGGACUUUCUUCGUUCGAUCGCGACUGACACUAAGGCAUAUCAUGAUAAUAGUGGCAAACUGGGUAAUAAAGACACCAGUAACACUGGCUGUGGCGUUUGCAGAUGUUACUGAAACUUCAGCAGUCCAGUGGUAUGAGUACUGCCGUGACAUAUGUGCAAGUAAAAUGACACGUCUAUGCCAAUCAUUCGGAGGAGUAGAAUGCAUUGUGGAGAUAGAUAAAACGAUAGUAAGAAAGCGAAAAUACAAUAGGGGACGUAGUAUCAAGGAAGAAUGGGUACUUGGAAUUUAUGACCGAUCAACACAAAAGGGACAUUUUCAGAGGGUCAGAAACCGGCGAGCAAACACAAUAAUACCAAUUAUACAAGAAUACGUGCAGCCGGGCACAACAGUAUAUACGGAUGAUUGGCGAGCUUAUAGGUGCCUACAUAGACUUGGAUAUGUGCAUCAUGUAGGAGUGCACGAGCGCAAUUUCGUCGACCCUACAACCGGCGUCCAUACUAAUAAUACUGAAGCUAUGUGGUCCAGACUGAAGGAAUUUUUAAGAUCAUACCACGGCUCUAGAGGACGACUGUUAUGGAGCCAUAUGGACGAGUUUCUACACCGUAUGCAUUAUGAUCUCAGGACUUCUGAACCUUUAUCGAACCUUAACAAGUUUUUAAAUCAUGUAAAAGAAAACUAUCCACUGUAACUCAUAGUUUCUUAUAAUAUAUUUUUACUUCAUACUAACUGUCUUCUGAUUGACUAAUAAUUGUCAAGGUCAUUUAAGAUUCGUUCAAGGUUCGUCCCUAAAUUAGAGUCUUGCCGAUACAUUAAUAAAUAGAUUACCAACCCGACCACAACAUACAAUAAUUAGGAGAAUACAAUUCUGU